AUGGAGAGAAUUCUUGAUCGAUAUGAGAGAUGUUCAUACGGCGGUCAAGAUAUUCCUACACCAAGUUUGGAUUUACAGGGAGAGUGUUCAACAGAAUGUUCAAAGCUCUUGAGGAUGAUUGAUGUCAUGCAAAGAAGCGCAAGGCACUUAAAAGGAGAAGAGUUGGAUGCUCUAAGUAUCAGAGAGCUUCAAGGUCUGGAGAUGCAACUUGAUACUUCCCUCAAGAGAACUCGCUCUAGAAAGGUUGAUCAAAGAGAAGACUUUGAGCCACAAAACCUCAACCAAGGCUUAGCCUCAUUGGCAACGCCGCCAUGUGAGCUACCGCACCCGCUUCCCUGUCCUGUCUCUCCUCCUCCAUCUCUUGGGGACACAUCGCAAAGGAAUGGAGUGGCCGGAGAAGUUGAUGCCGGAACAAUAAUUCGGCGAACGAAUACAACGUUCCCGCAUUGGAUGCCCCGGCUCACCGGAGAAUAG